GCGAUCGAUGUCAUUACGUCUGCAGAACAUGAGCGCUAGUGAUCGGACUUCUGAUGUAUCAGAGGAGCAUUGGCAGCAUUUGGCAUUCUUCAGUCUGGUGAUGACUUUCUGGGAGAUGAAGAUGGCCCCCAGCUCGCGUACCUGGGAAACACAUAUCAAGUCUUUGGCAUCGAUCAUCAAACAGCGCGGACCAAAUCAUGUAUUUUCAGAAAGUAAUCGACAGCUGCUCGCAUGAUCGCGAAUGCUGCUUAUGCUUUACUCUCUCUCGGCGACAAGGUCAGAGAACUUGCAAGACUAUGCACAUGUAAGUUCAGCUUGGCUGGCCGAGAUUCGAUCAGCGCUCCGUCGGUCCGAGAAUCCCUGUCACGACGAGGACUAUGAGUUGUAUCAGUCGUUGGAUCUCCUCAUGGUAGAUUUCAGCAGAAUAACGUCGAUUGCAUCGACUUUCGACGUUCUGCGCGCAGACAGCGAAAAAUCAGGUGAGCAACGGAAGCUCUUGUCAGAUUUAUCAUCCAAGAUCGAGUCAACACUUUCGCGGAACGAAGCAUGCUUGGCUAGCUGGAACACCAAGAUGCACCAAACUAGAUUGUCUCCAUGGCGGUCGAACCCAUCGCACCGUCUGCGCAUGGAAAUCUCCGACGAUGAUGAGAUCCACUGCCUUCACGAAGUUCUUGUCUUCGACAACAUGCUCGUCUACCACGCAAUCACAAUCUACUGGACGAUGGUAAUCUCGCUACAUACCCUAGCCAUCAAUCUGCUCCACCGCACAGCCCAAUCCCAUCAACAAAAGAAAAUCUAUCUUCAUUCUGAUCAUUCCCAUAUCAUAUCAAAUCAUCGCAGACGUCUCAUGACCUACGCUCACGCCGUCAUCCGCACAAUCCCCUACGCGACCGACGCAGCAAAUAGCGCCGCUGCUCCCUUUGCCUUGACCACGGCCUUCAGGCUGACUCUCCAAGUCCUGGAUCGAGAAAUUGCAUUCCGGACAACGGGAGACGCAGGGGAAGGAAACGAUAGCGCUGCAGUGUUGCAAGAAUGCCAGAAGCUGCGAGCUCUUGCAUUGCGGUAUCUCGAAUGGACAAUGCGGGAGGAAAUCCCGAUCUGAAGGAAGAAAAGGGUGGGAAAUGUGCAAAAUGGGUUCAAUCAAUCAUGUGCGGGACGACAUCGAACCAUGCCGGUGUGGCUCGCCUGGUCUUUAAUAGGAGGGGCCGAAUUGGAUUCCUUCGCUCGGAUAUGUAGCAGCAAACGACAGAUACGACGCACU